AUGAUUGGUCUACCGGCAAGGCUGAGAGGUGAGCGUUGCGUGGGGCUAGCACAACGACAGAACUUUGACCCGAAGCCGUCGACUUUAAGCAUACCAUCGCUCACCUUCCUCCCGAGAUCGUCGCGUGCCGGGCCGCGAAGCCAGCCAGCUCUUCGUGUCCCUUCUGGUCCAUCUUCCCUCCUCGAAAAACCUGCAUACCAGAUGAACGUUGCGCCGCUGGCCAGGCGGCCCUUGGGCUGCCUGAAGGCGAGCCUUCGCCAGGCGAGGCAGCAGAAGCUGCUGGUACGCAGCAUGGCUACCGAAGCCUCAACAUCAUCACAACAGACCGAGAACGUUGCUUCACCACCAGUAUUAGUGCAGCCAGGAUUCCAUAAAAUCAUCGACAGAAAGACAAAAGAGAUCAAGUCUGCCUUCGCUGUCUACCCCCAGGGCACCGCGGCCGGCACUAUCACCGCGAAGCCACCGCCAAAGGAGCCUCUGAAGCUGCUGCACGAGAUGCAGAUCAAGAAAAUGGAUCCGACCGGUGCGCGCACCGCCAUGUUCGCCCGCACACGCGAAGCCGUCAAGCCGGGCGACGUGCUGAUGGUUACACAUCGUCGUGGCGGCGAACCCUUCGCCGGCGUGUGCUUGGAGAUCCGGAGGCGCGGCAUUGACACGGCCGUGCUGUUGCGCAACCACCUGGGCAAGACAGGCGUCGAGAUGUGGUUUAAGAUUUACAACAAGAACGUGGCUGGUAUCGAUAUUGUCAAGCGCCGGCCCAAGCGUGCCCGCCGCGCUCGUCUUACUUACAUGCGCCAGCCCAAGCACGACAUGGGCAGCGUCGAGGAGUUGGUGUUUGCUUGGAAGAAGAGCCGUCGUGUCUUCUCGACGACCAAAUCCGGUGCUGCGUCGGCGUCGGCGGCUGGCAAGGGUGGUAAAGGUGGGAAGGGCAGCAACGGGAAGAAGAAAUAG